GUUAGGAAGACGUUUCUGGUUAGAUCGAACUUCCUGAGCGGCGGCUGUCGUGCUGUCCCCUUUUCUCCGGCUUCACCUUGCUCUCGCGUCUGCCUCCUCGCUGUCCAACUUUGGAGGGAGAAGAAACCAGCUCCAAGACGGCCGGCGAAGGGUGGAGCGCUUUUUUGUGUGUACAGGCCGAUGAUCGCUUUCACGAUCCUUAUCGUCCGUCGCCAAAGGCAUCUCCGGCCCGCGACGGGCCCGCCCUGCCCUGCCCACCUCUGAUGUGCCUGGCUGCAUGAUCAGGCCAUAGCGAGGCUCCAUCAGACCCCCCCUAGUCUCUCUCCCACGUCCCCAUACCCCCAGCGUUAUUGGCUAGAUGUUCCCAGUCAACUGCCUUUUUCCAGAUCUCCGGCUCCUAAUAUCGACUUGGAGACCACUCCCGCGGGCACAACUUGGCUUACGUCCGUCAAACGACUCGCUCUGAACGAUACGGGAAGAGAGCCGGUGCUAGAUAGAUAUACACGUCGUGACCUCCGCGGCCACUCGAGUUUGAUUUUCUGGUUCCUCUAGACAUAUACCCCUGUUUCUAACGCGGCCCGGACAUAAUUCCCAACCACACCACCCCGGCGUCUGACAAUAUACAGAACUCACAUACAUUUAUCAUCCUUCUGCUCAAACAUUCCACAUAUUUUGCAUUGUCGAGCAAGUCAUGUUUCUAUAACAACCGUCAUCGAAUUGCAGUCUUCUUCCUCGAUCCCUUAAUCCUUUGGGCUUCAUUCUUCUGUCACUGUGCCUGCGUCUCUCUAUACUCCUCCCCCUGGCUGUAGUCACCGAGCCUCCCAAAUUCCCGGCCGAUAUUUGCAAAUCAUGGCUUCCGCAGAUACCCUGGCCAUGGAGGUCAUCGUGGGCAUAGAGCCAACCUCUCUCAGGAGCUCCUCUCCCCCGGUCAAGAAGGUGGACGUCUUCCCACCAAGCCCUGCCAGGACACUAGCAGACUCGAGGCAAUCAAGCUUCAGCCUCGAUGCCGUACCAUACGAGGCCAUCAAGCCGCCAACCGACGACAAUGCUCCUCGGCCAUACCCUCUGCCACCAGCGUCGAGGCAGAACAAGGUUCUCGCUGAGGACCUCAAGACACCAGACAGCCACGUCGAGCGGGAUCCCAGGCUAAUCAGGCUUACGGGGGUCCAUCCCUUCAACGUCGAAGCUCCCCUGAGUGAUCUGUAUAAUGAGGGUUUUCUGACCACCAAGGACCUGCAUUAUGUCAGAAAUCACGGCUCCGUGCCGCGCGUCGAGGACGCCGACAUGUUGGGCUGGGAGUUUUCGGUUGAAGGCAUGGUGGAGAUGCCGAUACGUCUGACACUACGGGACCUGCUCAGAGAGUACGAGCAGUUGACCUAUCCGAUCACCCUUGUUUGCGCGGGGAAUCGGCGGAAGGAGCAGAAUGUGGUCCGCAAAACCAAAGGUUUCUCGUGGGGUGCUGCUGGCCUCUCGACCUCUCUCUGGACCGGCGUGGCCCUGGGCGACCUCCUUUCCCGUGCCGUGCCACGUCGAGGCGCACGCUACGUCUACUUUGAGGGUGCCGACAAGCUGCCCAACGGCUACUACGGAACUUCAAUCAAGCUGGGCUGGGCCAUGGACCCCAACCGAGGCAUUAUGGUUGCCCACCGGAUGAACGGGGAGGUCCUGCACCCAGACCACGGCAAGCCCCUGAGGAUCGUCAUUCCCGGCCAGAUCGGCGGCCGCAGCGUCAAGUGGCUGAAGCGCAUCGUCGUCUCCAGCGAGCCAAGCGACAACUGGUACCACAUAUACGACAAUCGCGUCCUGCCCACCAUGGUCUCGCCCGAGGCCAGCGCGAACCUGCCCGAGGUGUGGAAGGACGAACGCUACGCCAUCUACGACCUCAACACCAACAGCGCCACCUGCUUCCCCGCCCACGACGAGACCGUCCCCGUGACCGAGAGCGGCGCCUAUAAGCUCAGGGGCUACGCUUACGCGGGCGGCGGCAAGCGGGUGACGAGGAUGGAGGUGACGCUGGACAAGGGCAAGACCUGGGCGCUGGCAGAGAUAAUAUAUCCCGAGGACGACUACCGGCUUGCGGCCGAGGGCGACACGCUGUAUGGCGGCAAGGUUGACCUAUCAUGGCGUGACGCCUGCUUCUGUUGGUGCUUCUGGGAGCUGGAUGUGCCACUGGCCGAGCUGGCCGCGGCAGAAGACGUCAUGGUUCGUGCCAUGGACGAUGCCAUGAUGGUGCAGCCGCGCGACAUGUACUGGAGCGUUCUGGGCAUGAUGAAUAACCCCUGGUACCGCAUCGUGGUCCACCGCGAGGCCGACGGCCACGCGCUCCGCUUCGAGCACCCGACCCAGCCGGCGCUGAUCGCUGGCGGCUGGAUGGAGCGCAUCAAAAAGGCCGGCGGAAACCUCUCCAAUGGGUUUUGGGGCGAGAAGACGACGAGUGACGAUGACGGCCAGGCCGCCGCCACCGCAGAGGAGCCGGCCAAGGAGAUUUGCAUGGUUGACAAGUCUGCCGACCGCCAGAUCACCAUGGAGGAGCUGAAGAAACACGAGAGUGAGGACCAGCCGUGGUUCGUCGUCAACGGUCAGGUCUACGACGGGACCAAGUUCCUCGAGGGCCACCCGGGCGGAGCAGCAUCCAUCGUGGGCGCCGCUGGCCAGGACGUCAGCGAGGAAUUCCUCACCAUCCAUUCAGAAAAUGCCAAGGCGAUGAUGCCCGAAUACCACAUCGGCUCGCUGGACGAAGCUUCGAGGGCCGCCCUCGCAGACCCCGAGCCGGCAUCCUCCGAGAUCUCGGGCGAGAAGCGCCCCGUGUUCCUACAGUCCAAGGCGUGGUCCAAGGCGCUGCUGAGCGGCAAGCGCAAGAUAAGCGAGGACACCAUCGUGUUCAACUUCACCCUCGACCACCCGGACCAGGAGAUCGGGCUCCCCGUCGGGCAGCACCUGAUGAUGCGGCUGCGGGACCCGGUGACGCGCGAGGCCAUCAUCCGGGCCUACACGCCCAUCUCGGAGACGACGGACCGCGGCGUGCUGCACGUGCUCGUCAAGAUCUACGCCCCCGGGGGCGCCGGGGGCCGGGCCGAGGGCGGCAAGAUGACGACGGCGCUCAGCCACCUGCCCGUCGGCCACUGGGUCGACUUCAAGGGCCCCGUCGGCAAGUUCGAGUACCUCGGCGGCGGCCGCUUCACCCUUGGCGGGCGGGCACGCGCCGCUCGCCGCCGCUUCGUCAUGAUCUGCGGCGGCUCGGGCGUCACGCCCGUCUUCCAGGUCCUGCGCGCCGUCGCCCGCGAGCCCCCCGCCGACGACGGCCCCACCCGCUGCCUGCUCCUCGACGGCAACCGCGCCGAGGAGGACAUCCUCUGCCGCGCCGAGCUCGACGCGCUCGCGUCCGGGAGCGGGGGUCGCUGCCAGAUCGUCCACUCGCUCACGCGGCCGUCCGAGUCGUGGGCCGGCCGCAGGGGCCGCAUGGACCGGGAGUUCUUCGAGCGCGAGGUCGGCCGCCGGCCCGCCGGCGACGACGACGACGACGGCGACGACGACUGCGGCGACGUGGUGCUCGUGUGCGGUCCCGAGGCCCUGGAGAGCAGCGUGCGCAAGAUAUUCACAAAGGACCUGGGGUGGAGGGACGAGGACCUGAUCUUUUUCUAGAUGCUCUGGAGGAGAUGGUAGAAAAAAGAUGGGUGAGGGCGGGGAGGAUUGAGGGACGAGAAGCGCCAAGACGAGGGAUUUCUGGCAUUUACAAUGGGCUUCAAGUUAUGCCCUAGACCAUGUUUGCUUUUUUUGUUUCUUCUUUUUGGGUACCAUCGAGUAUCUCGUUUCUGUCUCAAGGCUAGCUUCAUCUUACGCAUUUUUCGGGAACCGGGAAAAACGGAGUUUAGGCUGAGAAUAUAAAGAGCAAGAAUUAAAUCCCUUUGAGAGCUAUGAACCUCCA